AUGUGUAGCGUAUUUUCACCGGUAUCUAAAUUUCGUAUUGCUCCUGAAUACUCAUUGAAGAUUGAGCCAGAGAUUGGAAAUGAUCCUCCACUAUACGGAAUCUGUGAAGGAUCACAGAAUUUACAUAUAGACACAAUAUCACCCACUCGAGGUAUUCGGAAUGGAACAAUUGAAUAUGGUUCUCUUCAGUUUCUCCCAGAAAAUCACAUUCCGGAGUCUCUGAACCAAAUCUGGAGCAAUAACAUGUCACCUAGCAUUGCAUCACAAGUAAUGUCGCGAUUUCCCUCGCAGAGCUCUUGUGGUGCUCAUUCUCAAAGAUCUUCAUACCCUAGCAAUUCCAUGAACAUGUCCAUCGUUAGUACUAAUCAAAAAGUCAAUAUUAACAGUCCUGAACAUCCUGAAGUCUUAACACAUGCUCAAAAUUUCGAUACGAGUUUAUUCCCAGCUGGUCACCGGAACUCGAUUACAAGCAUGACAUCUUUAUCUGGCACCACAUCGUACGAAAUUUUUGGCUCAACAGGUGAUGAAGCUUAUUCUCUAAUGGAUGUAGGAUCAACUGACCCCAUCAUCUACAACCCACGCACAGUUACAGAGAGUUCUCUCUGGGUGGAUCCAAGCUUUCUAGACUCCCCCCAGCCAUCUCUAGCAUUGGAAGAUUGGCAUAUUGUCCCGGUUAACAACUCUUCUAUUGCUAAUUCUCCAAGUGUUGAACCAUCUUCUCCAGUGUAUGCCGAUGAUCAAACUCAACGUCCGAUUUAUGCACAACUUUCUGUUGAAAAAUCCAAGAGAAAAAAUAGUGGAUCUAGGCAACCCAAAGCAGCCGGAGAAACAACAUCAUUCCCAAAACGCUCGCGAGCACCCAGGUCAGAGGCCUCUGAUGACUCAUAUAGAAUUAUACCUCGUUCCAAUUCAGAGCUUGAUAAUUCUGCUCGUGAGCAUCCAUUGUACCACAACGCCUCACCACAAGCCGACGGACUAUACCAUUGUCCAUGGGAAAAUGAACCAGGUUCAAACUGCCAGCAUAAACCUGAGAAGCUCAAGUGCAACUACGAUAAAUUCGUUGAUUCACACUUGAAACCUUACAGGUGUAAGAUUGCUAUAUGCAAAGAUUUGCACUUUUCUUCAACUGCGUGCCUACUUCGCCAUGAGCGAGAAGCUCAUGCAAUGCAUGGACAUGGCGACAAACCCUUUUUGUGCACUUACGAAGGCUGCGAGCGUGGUAUGACAGGAAAUGGGUUUCCACGACAUUGGAAUUUGCGUGAUCAUAUGAAGAGGGUGCACAACGAUUCAGGACAAACGAGAUCCAAUGCAUCUGCUAACUCUCCGCCUCCUACGACUGCUAAAGGUCGUAAGAGGAAAGCAGGUGAUGAGAUUAUAUCUUUUUCCAAGAGAAUUGUCUCUCCUCCAGCUUCUCAUCGUCCUAGGGAGCCAAGCAUGCUCGAGAGAUACUAUGAAAAGCAACAACAGCUCUUGGAUACAGUCAACCAGCUUCAAAAUCCCAGACAAACAGAUAAUAUGGCUCUCCUGCGGAAUGCCAAUGACUGUAUUAAGGUGAUGGUACAAACAACUCAAAGAAUCAACUCAGCUCCGCCGUCAGAAUCACCAUCAAAGUGA